UUCAUAUAUUAAGAACAAACAUCAAAGAAGAAUAUAGAUUAUAUUUGAACUACCUCCUAACUCUUAUGAUAGAAAGAGUUUAUUAGCUUCUAGGUUAAAUUUAUAUAUAGCAGAUUUUUUUUUUAUCAAUAACAAGCUUUAUACAAGUUAAGUUAUACGUUUAUUUUGACGAAUUUUUCUCAUUUGUUACUUAAAGUAUCUUAAAACUUUCUUCAAAAUCAACUCGAUUGCUUGAUAAAUGGCUUUUAAAAGUCAACCUGCAUACAUAUAUUACAAUAUUAUUAAGCACUACCAGAAUUCUUUCCAUCACUCAAAGAAAUAUAUAUAUAUCUAUAUAUUACAAUAUAUACGUGUGUGUGUGUAUAUAUAUCUCAUGUUGUUCUUUCCUUAAAAAAUAAACCAAUCUCCCAAAUUGUUUCGAUCCACUAUUUAUAUGUCUUCACGAUAGUCAUUACAUCCAAAAAUCAAACUAAAAGUUCCUUACAAAUGGCAACCUCCCAGCUUAACCAAAAAACCUUCACCGGAGCCGGUGACCUUAUCAAAAUCCUCCCCACCGGCACCGUCUUCCUCUUCCAAUUCCUCAGCCCCGUCCUCACCAACAGCGGCCACUGCGAGCCCAUCAACAAAGUUUUCGUCCUUGUUUUCGUCAUCCUUUGCGGUCUCUCUUGUUACCUCUCCUCCUUCACCGACUCCUACGUCGCCUCUGACGGUACCAUUCAAUGGACCAUCGUGACGCCGUCUGGCAUGUGGCCAACACCGCCAACGUCAGAGUCGUUGGACUUAUCGGCAUACAAGCUUCGGCUAGGGGAUUUCAUCCAUGCGACAUUUUCCGCAGCAGUGUUUGCUGUUUUGGUGGUGAUGGACUACAAUAUAGUGUUGUGCUUCUUCCCCAGCUUGGUAGAGCAACAUAAGGUAUUCGUCCAAGCUCUGCCGCCGGUGGUUGGAGUGGUUUCGAGCGUUGUGUUCGUCAUGUUUCCUAAUACUCGCCAUGGCAUAGGGUACCGUUCUACUUCUUCAACAACCACAAUAUCAGUUUCGAAAGCAACUUCUACUGCUUGAUAUGUUUCUGUUGUCGAUCAUCGGUGGCUACCUUCUCGUUGACUUUAAUCGUCGUUCUAGAUAAAAACAACUCGUUCUACUGCUUGCAUGUUUGCAUUAUUUUAUGUUGCUAUUUUUUAGAAAAAUAAGUAGAGUUGUGAGAGAAAUUUGAUCCUCUAAUCUCUCUGGUGAGAUCAGAUGAAAUAUUGUUACGUGUUGUUUUUAAGAUACAUGUUAGAUAUUUACUAUUAAUUA